AUGUCGCGUUUAACGUUACCACGGUCACCGCCGCGAACAAUGGCGAUCGCGUUUUAUGUAUUAUUGGUCGUAACGCGGGCGCAGUGGGCGCCGACCGAAGCGGCGAACAUCCUGGCGGUACAAUCGUUCUCCGGCAAGAGCCAUUGGAACAUGAUGAGCGGCGUACUGCGAGCGUUGACCGACCGCGGGCACAACGUGACCGUGUUCACGCCGUUUGUGGACGGUGACCGGAAAAACUAUGCCGAGGUGGACAUGUCCCGCGAACUGAAACCGUUAAUCAGCGUGAACAUAAAACUAAUCUAUAAUGUUGUAAGAAAUCCCGCGGUGUUUUUGAGUAACCUGAUAAACCGGACCCGGUCCGAUUGCAAUGCGAUUUACGGACACCCGCGCAUGACGGACAUCUUGACCGCGGCAAGCCCGUCCGAUUUCGACGCGGUCGUAACAACGGUGAUGGGCACAGAGUGCACGGCGUACGUGGCCACCGUGCUCCGGGUUCCCGUGAUCUACCUCGUCCCGAUGCCGAUCAUUACGUUUCUGGAACGUACGUUGUUCGGACACGUCCCUAAUCCCGCGACGGUCCCGCACUUGUAUUCCGGGCACGGCGUCCCGAAAACGUUUGCGGACCGGUUCGUCAACACCGCGCUGACCGUCUACUAUUCCUGUGUGUCGUGGUACGUCGAACGGAAAUUAGCGCUGUCCGACCCGCGUCCGUACGACCGAAUCGACCUGGUCAAACCGUCGAUAACGUUCACCAAUACGCAUUUUAUCACCGAACCUUCUCGACCUUUGCCACCUGACGUCGUUCAAAUCGGCGGCAUACACCUCGUCCCGCCUAAAGAAAUACCGAAGGUGAGUGUGUUUUUGUCGUCAUUAUCGUAACGCGAAAUAACAAAUCCCGCGGGCCGUUAACCAUGGUUAAGUACCAAACCGUAGGUAUCGUCCAACUGAACUAAAUUCUAGUUAUUGUACUCGACGACCGGGGAAUAAACGAAAAAAAAAAAAAAAAAAAAAAAAUGGCCGUACACUUUAACGUGUCGUUUAUUAGAACCAACUGAUCAUUCUCCUAACAUAUACGAUCGUUCAACUCCGAAAUGACUUGUCGGUUCGCUUGUAGGACGUUUUAGAAUUUAUCGAAGACUCGCCUUACGGUGUCAUUUACUUUUCGUUCGGGUCGAUAGUAUCAAUGGCUUCGCUACCGGAAAACCUCCAGACUGCGUUCCGAGAAACGUUCAGGAAAAUACCCCAACGGGUGUUGUGGAAAUAUGAAGGCGAAAUGAAAGACAAACCGCGGAACGUGAUGACGAAAAAAUGGUUUCCGCAACGUGACAUACUGCGUAAGGUGUAAAACUUAAGAGUUUUCAUUAUUUUCAUUAUCUCGUUGAUCAUUAUUUUCGUUGUCUACAUACGUCAUUAUUGUUCUAUAAUAUGACGGCGAGCAGUGCAUCCCAACGUGAUAUUGUUCAUCAACCACGGCGGCAUAUCCGGGGUGUACGAGACAGUGGACGCCGGCGUACCCGUACUCGGAUUUCCGAUGUUCAACGACCAGUCGAGAAAUAUCAGAGUUCUGGCGGACGCGGGCAUGGCGAUUUCCGCGGACCUGUUUUCCGUGACCAACGACACGUUUUUAAACGCCGUCUCGGAGCUCGUCAACAACGAAAGGCACGCCACCGUUCGCUUUGCCUGUGCCCGACUAUAGUAUUAAACGUACGCAUCCGUACUCAUAUCAUUCUUGUACUUUCACUUUUCAGUUACCGGAACAGUGCCAGAGUCGCUUCCGAAUUGUUCAAAGACCGGCCCGCGUCGCCCGCAGAAUCGGUCGUUUACUGGACGGAGUACGUGUUACGGCACAAAGGCGCGCCGCAUCUGAAAUCUCGCGCUAUCGAUCUGCCGUGGUAUCAAUAUUUUCUGGUCGACGUUGUCGGUACACUGUGGUUAAUAAUGUUAGUUGUUGCCGGCAUAGCUUUUUACGGUCUGCGAAUUAUUAAUGCGUAUACUUUUGCGCGUUUCCGCGGACGCAAACCGAAAACCGAAUGA